GAGGAGUGCGUCGCGUUGGAGGAGGAGGUGGAGGACAGGGUGGCGAAUUUGGUGAGCCUGUUGCAGGCGAGGAAAUCUCGGUUGAUCGAGGCGGCCCGGCAAACCCGCGAGGCGAGGGUGCGCUCUCUCAGGGACCAAGUGGCCAGAUGCGCGUCCCACCUGCAGGCGACCACCGCUCUCCUCACGUUCUGCAUCGAGGCACUGAAGGAGAACGACAGCGCUGCCUUCCUUCAGAUAGGCGGCAUGCUCUCGGUCCGCGCGGCGACCGCCGCCGGCUCUUGGGGCGGCGCCGAGGGGGUGCAAGAAAUUGCUCGGCUGCCGUUGCUCGAUCUCACCCUGGAUGACAAACCGUUGCGACGCGCUAUCGAUCAACUUACCUUUGUUCAGUUGAAACCCCCCGGAGCGCCGAUAUUGAUACCGGAAGAGUGCAGCGCGGAGAACAACAGCGUGACAGUCGCCUGGCAACCACCACCUGGUCACGGAAUUGUUGGGUGUGCCGGUCAAAGGGGACCCGCCAUCGAGGGAUACUUGUUGGAAUUGGACGACGGAUGCGGCG